UGCAGUGAGAGAGGGAAAGCACUGAAUGGGAGGAGAUGAACAGCCUGUCAGAGGAGAGCUAUGCUUUCUGGCUAGUGCAAUCCAAGCUGCUGCAAUGACAGUCUGAGGAUUGCAGCAGCAGCCGCCUCUGGCAUCUGCAUUCAAACCGAACACCAGCCUGCCAUUGAGGGGGGAAAUUCUAAUUUCUGCACAAAAGGGCUUCUUUGUUUGGGUCGUUAAGACAUGGCCAAUGGCAACCAGGCCAGUUUGCAGGACAACCAAAGCAGGCACUGCAAGUUUUUAUCUUAUAUGUUCUACCAGGCUGUCCGAGACCACAAGCCUGUGUGGAUGCUGGAAGACAUGAGGACUAUGGAGUAUUUCUACUGGGAGGAAAAUGCUAGCCUAAGGACAUAUUCACCAUCGGAAGCCCUGCUCUAUGCAGUGGUGCACAACCACCUGCCUUAUGCCCAAUAUCUGCUGUCUCAUUUUCCGGAGGAGGCUCUCAAAGUCCCCGGAGAGCAUUUCUGCUAUUGCCCAUCCUCUGCACCUCACUUAGCCAUGGCUGUGACCUACGACAGGAGAGACAUCUUGGGGCUCAUUAUCAGCAUCGCACACAAGCUGCCCAGCUUGAACUCCUACAUUAACCGGACUGGCUGCUUUCACCUGGAAGAUGGGAAGACACCCCUGCAUCUCGCCUGUGAGCUCCUGAGGUCAGAGACUGUCCUCAUCCUCCUGGGGAAUGGGGCUUCCCCCAGGAUAGAAGACAGCAAAGGGCUUACCCCCCUAGAUGUCAUCCUGGAGCAGAUGUGGGACUCAAAAGUCAAUGUGGCAUCCAAAAAGCUUUGCCUCGAUUACCUCUUGCUGUUCAUGCCCAGCCCUCAGUUCAAGAUGCGGAGGGUUCUACAGGAGCAUCCGGAGCACUGGACCCUUUUGCUGGGGGAGGACAAGUUCAAAAGCCUGGUGGGAAAGACGCCUGCAUCUUUAUACCUUCAAUCUAUGCAAACCAUCCUCCAGACUCUCCCUCCUUCCCAUUUUCCUAAAAGCAUCCAGGAACUACCUAUACCUCAGGCAUUAAAACCCCUACCUUGUUUGAGCAAACAGCAUCUGAAAAAAACGAUGGUAAAUGUUUUUCCAUGAUCUCUUUCCCUCACUCUUUCCCUCCCUCCCCUUUUUAAAUGUCAAAUUAAAGUUUUAGCUGUUCCGGUGGGAUUUUCAAUGGUGCUUCAGGCUGCAAACCAAAGCCCAGUUUAGUUUUGCUUGUGCUGAUCGGGACUACUCUCCCAUGGAUCAUAGAAGGAUUGCUGCCUUGUGGGAGUUUACUGUUCAGUUGCUAUUGAAUUGUUACUGAAAUCUGAGUAGUUUGUAUCUGGUUUCACUGAUUAUCCUAACCUUAAUGCAUUAUGUGAACUGUCCAUUGUUCUUUUCUUUUUCUUUUUUAAAAAGCACCCUCUGAUAUGUUUUCUUUUGUAUAUGUGUAGAAUUAAAACAAGACAAACUGUU